CCGGCGGAAGCGCGGUUCCAGUUCCGGGUGAGCGGCUGCGAGGAGCCGUUCUUAGCGGCCGCCGCUCGACUCUGUCCCGGCCUCGGCCCGCCGCCACCGCCACCAUGUCGGUCCCCAGCGCCCUCAUGAAGCAGCCGCCGAUCCAGUCCACGGCGGGCGCCGUGCCCGUCCGCAACGAGAAGGGUGAGCUCUCCAUGGAGAAGGUGAAGGUGAAGCGGUACGUGUCGGGGAAGCGACCCGACUACGCGCCCAUGGAGUCCUCGGAGGAGGAGGACGAGGAGUUCCAGUUCAUCAAGAAGGCGAAGGAGCAGGAGGUGGAGCCCGAGGAGCAGGAGGAGGAGCUCGCCAACGACCCCCGGCUCCGGCGCCUCCAGAACCGCAUCGCCGAAGAUGUGGAGGAGCGGCUGGCGAGACACCGUAAAAUCGUGGAGCCCGAAGUGGUUGGAGAAAGUGAUUCAGAGGUGGAGGGGGAAGCUUGGCGCCUGGAGCGGGAGGACACCAGCGAAGAGGAAGAGGAAGAGAUUGAUGAUGAGGAGAUCGAGCGUCGGCGCGGGAUGAUGCGUCAGCGAGCGCAGGAGAGGAAAACCGAGGAGAUGGAAGUGAUGGAGUUGGAAGAUGAGGGUCGAUCCGGAGAAGAAUCCGAGUCAGAGUCCGAGUACGAGGAGUACACGGACAGCGAGGAUGAAAUGGAGCCGCGUCUCAAACCUGUCUUCAUCCGCAAGAAGGACCGGAUCACAGUUCAGGAGCGAGAAGCAGAAGCUCUGAAGCAGAAGGAGCUGGAGCAGGAGGCAAAGAGGCUGGCGGAGGAGAGGCGCAAGUACACACUCAAGGUGCUGGGGGCGGGCUGGGGGUUGUGCAGGGGGGCAGUUGGUACAGCAAGCUUAGCUCAGUCGUUACUGCAGAUCGUAGAAGAGGAAGCGAAGAAGGAGCUGGAGGAGAACAAGCGUUCACUGGCAGCACUGGAUGCACUUGAUACAGAUGAUGAGAACGACGAGGAGGAGUACGAGGCCUGGAAAGUACGCGAGCUGAAGCGUAUCAAACGGGACCGUGAGGAACGGGAAGCCAUGGAGAAGGAGAAGGCAGAGAUCGAGCGCAUGCGGAAUCUGACAGAGGAGGAGCGCCGCGCCGAGCUUCGGGCCAACGGCAAGGUCAUCACCAACAAGGCGGUGAAGGGCAAAUACAAGUUCCUGCAGAAGUACUACCACCGUGGCGCCUUCUUCAUGGAUGAGGACGAGGAGGUGUACAAGAGGGACUUCAGUGCCCCGACCCUCGAGGACCACUUCAACAAGACCAUCCUGCCCAAAGUCAUGCAGGUCAAGAACUUCGGGCGUUCAGGGCGGACAAAGUACACGCACUUGGUGGACCAGGAUACCACCUCCUUCGACUCUGCCUGGGGCCAGGAGAGCGCGCAGAACACCAAGUUCUUCAAGCAGAAAGCAGCGGGCGUACGGGAUGUCUUUGAGAGACCCUCGGCCAAGAAGCGAAAAACCACUUAAGGGAGCGGGCAGGAAGGCAUGGCGCGGCUGACGGCCAGGCAGGAGGGCACUUCUCUGCCAGCUGCCGGAGCCUGGGCAGGGACAGGAGGGACUCAGCGCUGUGCAGGACUCGUGUGGCAACAAGCCCUUCCUCUGCCCGUGCCACGCCUGCCCUGUCAACGCGGUGCCCUGCUCCUGGCGCUGCUGAGACCUGGCAGGCUCCCUGCCCGGGCGCUGUAGAGGACAAUGGCCUGUCCGUGCUGGCCAGGCCCGUGGCCGCCCUGAGGCUUCGGCAGCAUCCGACAGGGCUGUGUGGGAGCGCGUCUAACACCCCUGGCUCCAGUGCACCCACUUUGGGAGGAAUUAAGAGACUUUUAUACCCAUCUGGGCCACAGCAUCUCCCUGUUGCUUGUACCUUCCCCCUUGUCAGUUUGGGCCCUUUUUCAGUGCGGAACAGCGGUGACCCCGUUUCUGCAGGGCUUGGCUUUUCUACCUGAGGGGGGGGGGUUGCUGAUUUGAUUAAAGCAGUUGUUUUCUUA